GAAAGUGAAGUUGAUGUUAUUUGCGCUGUGGUUCAACAGGACUUGGUGGUCAGCUUUGAAAGGUAUCUUCUCAAGAAGAUCAGGCCAUGCGAAUCCCAUUUCCUAAAUGCGCUUAACGUCUUACAGAUUAUAGAUAGACUGCUCUAGUCUUAUACAGUGCUUGGUCUAUCUUUCUAUAUUCACAUAUAGGGGACAAUUCGUGAGUGUAAAAAAAGAAAAGGAAAUGUAACCCCAAAAAAAGGGGGGAAACUGUUCUUCCCCUCGUCAACGAUCCUAUCAUCAUCAUCAUCAUCUCAUCUCUCUGUUAAUAUUAAUAUUAAAAAGAUAUAAUACAAUUUAACGAAUAUAUAUCAGCCACCCUGUCUUCUCAGAGCACAACGCUUCUGCGGCUUUUCCUUCUUGUUGCAUCAAAUAGGAAUUUAUCUGUAUUCGUUCUGUUCAACUGAACUUUCUCUGCUGAGCCUUCUCCCCCUUAUUCUUCUUCUGCGUUUCCCCUUCGUAGCCAUUUAUCUGCUUUAUAAUGCUUGCGUUACGAUUAUGCGUUCGCACGGUCCCUGGAGUUGGUUCUCUCACCGAUCAGAUUAACACCGGCCGUUCAUUUCCGCACGCACUUGCAAUGGAAUCCACGUCUCUUCACUCCCCGGUAUUUAAAUUGGGAUUCAGAAGAAUGAAGCGCUCACGAUGCCGAUCGACUCUCAUUUCCUGUAAUUCUUCCCGUGGAACCUCUGGGAGCAGGUCCAACUUUGGCGAACAUCACGAUAAUGAAUUUCUUGAAGCUUCCCUCCUCCUUUCAGAAACAAUAUCGCACUAUCAGAUGUUGGGGCAUGGAUUUCAAGAAGAUUUACGUUGGAAUUCCACUAUACGUUCGGUUCCCAUAUCUCGCCAAGCAAAAAACCUAAUGACUGAUGCUGAUAUAAUAAUACAGACCUUUUUUCAGCGGUUCCAGACUCCGACAAUCUUUCUCAAGAUUUCUUGUGAUGGAGAUUAUGUUCUGCCAAUUGUUGUAGGGAAGUUUGCUAUUGAAAAACUCUUGGAUGUUGAAGUGGAACAUGAAAAUGGGGAUUGCCCAGAUCAAUAUCAGUUUGUGAAAAAUCUUGUUGAAAGACUGGACCAUGAAGUUAUAAUGGUGCGAAUUACAAAGAGAGUGGUCAGUACUUACUUUGCUAGAUUGUACAUCAGCAAGCCUGGGAGAGAUGACAUUGUUAGCGUGGAUGCACGCCCCUCAGAUGCCAUUAAUGUUGCAAAUAGAUGCAAGGCUCCAAUAUAUGUAAGCAAACAAAUUGUUUUAACUGAUGCUAUUAGACUUGGUUAUGGAAUGGGCAGAGUGCGUAGUACAAAGUCUACAUAUGAUGUAUUGCUUGACAGUCCUGCAGAUGGCCCAGAUUUGCUAUCCCAAGAACUAAGUAUGAUGCAAAAUAUGAAUAUAGCUGCUAAACUGGAAAGGUUUAAAGACGCAGCUUCAUGGAGAGACAAACUAGCAGAUCUUCGUAAAUCAGAGCACGAGCACUAACUAGCUUGUUAGCUGGACAGAGCAAGUCGAUUUAAGCCUGAACUAACCUUCGUUAUAUGAAGCAGUGAGGUGUUGUUGUUGUUGUUAUUUCAACAAGGGUUUAAAAAGACAGAUUGCAAAUGCGCAGGCAUGUUUCAUUGGCAAACAUGCCUGUAAGAAGCAAGAGAAGGAAGUGCUGUCCCUACUUCGUAUUGAACCAGAUGCUGCCCAUGAGGUGAACCAACUAGCCCCUUUCAUGUCCACAGCAUGCAUAAACCUUCAUUGAAGAUGCCAUGUUGUGUGAAUAUAGUCUUCGUUGAACUUCAAAUGUAGUGUGCAUUUGAUAAAAGUAUAUUUGGAAGAUCCAUUUGAUAAAAGUACAUCUCAAAUAUAGUUUGAAUGUGCUUUUAAAGGUUAUUCAAACAGACCAGUAGUCUCAUGUUUGAUACAGUGCCUAUCUUCGCCUUCUCUGACA